GCGGUUAUUUCCAAGCCUCCUCCCUUUGUUUCCUCCGCCCCUUCUUCUCCUCUUAUACUUUCUCUCCCUCAAUCCCCCAUUCCAUCUCCCCCCCUUCCUUUCUCUUUCUCUCUCUCCUCACCUCAAAUUUUCUCACUUGCCGAACAGACGGAGGCAGUGGAAACAGGGAGCAGCCAUGUCCUUCUCCUCCGCCACCAAUUUGGCCCAGCCCCUCCAGCUCAACAAUGCCGCCGCCACUCCCAGAUCCAAUGACAUGCCCUCCCUCCUGCUCCCCCCCAAGGCAUCCUCUUUUCUCGGAUCUACCCGCAAGUUCCGACCCACUUCCCUCUCUCAUUCCAGUGCUCACCGCCGAUCCGCCGUCGUUGCCGUCUCCGAAGCUGUUAAGAAGAAGAAGGUCCAGGCUUCCUCCAAUCUGCUAAUAACAAAAGAGGAGGGAUUGGAGCUGUAUGAAGACAUGGUAUUGGGUCGCUCUUUCGAGGACAUGUGUGCUCAGAUGUAUUACAGAGGCAAAAUGUUCGGGUUCGUUCACCUUUACAAUGGCCAAGAAGCCGUGUCAACUGGGUUUAUCAAGCUUACAAAGAAGGAGGAUUCUGUAGUGAGCACAUACCGUGAUCACGUGCACUCGUUGAGUAAGGGUGUCCCUGCUCGCGAGGUGAUGAGUGAGCUCUUUGGAAAGGCUACUGGUUGUUGCCGAGGCCAAGGUGGUUCUAUGCACAUGUUUUCGAAAGAGUACAAUGUGCUCGGUGGGUUCGCAUUUAUUGGUGAAGGUAUACCAGUGGCAACAGGUGCAGCAUUCUCUUCUAAGUACAGGAGGGAAGUGAUGAAACAGGCAGACUGUGAUCACGUGACUUUGGCAUUUUUUGGAGAUGGAACUGCUAAUAACGGCCAGUUCUUCGAAUGUUUGAACAUGGCAGCAUUGUGGAAAUUGCCGAUUAUUUUCGUUGUGGAGAACAAUUUGUGGGCCAUUGGAAUGUCGCAUUUGAGGGCUACUUCUGAUCCCGAAAUUUGGAAGAAGGGGCCUGCGUUUGGUAUGCCAGGUGUUCAUGUGGAUGGUAUGGAUGUGUUGAAGGUGAGGGAGGUGGCAAAGGAGGCGAUUGGAAGGGCCAGGAGAGGAGAAGGGCCAACUUUGGUUGAAUGUGAAACAUACAGGUUCAGAGGACACUCAUUGGCAGAUCCCGAUGAGCUUCGUGACCCUGCUGAGAAGGCACACUACGCUGCCAGAGACCCCAUCACUGCCCUCAAGAAAUACAUACUUGAGAACAAUUUGGCGACUGAACAAGACUUGAAGGCCAUCCAUAAGAAGAUCGAUGAGUUGGUUGAGGAUGCCGUUGAGUUUGCAGAUGAGAGCCCCCUUCCACCUCGUAGCCAGCUGCUUGAGAAUGUGUUUGCCGAUCCCAAGGGUUUUGGAAUCGGGCCUGAUGGCAGUUACAGAUGCGAGGAUCCUAAAUUCACUCAGGGCACUGCUCAUGUCUAAUCUCCGCCGGUAGGAGCCUCAAGCAAUCGACUUAUACAAUCAACUAUUACGAAGAUUGUAUCAGCUUUAUGUCCUGCUAAAUCUUUUCAAUUUUGGUUAUCUUUUUAAAAUUUCAUUGUUUUUGGAUUGGCAAGCAAAACCCUCUAGUGAUGUUGGUUCGCCGUUUCCAACUUUAUUACAUCUACACAUUUACAAAAUUUUGCAUUCGUUGGA